AUGAGUCAACACCAAGCUCUUGAUACUUCGCUUUGGAAUAAAUUCCUCUUUGGCAAGCCUAGAAUGCCAGAUGUAGAGGAUGAUAUAGAAAAGGGAGUUCCAGAAGAAUUUUAUAAUGAGAAAAAGGGCUAUUCCGAUGAUGAGAAAGCUAGCAAGGAAUACUCCGAACCAAUUAUUGUUAAAGCCAGAAAAAGCAAGGGGGUCGUAGGACGUGGAAUGAUUUUAAUUGGAUUGAUAUUGAGUAUUUUUUUGUUGAAAGAUCAAAUUUACCUUCCCAGAACGUUUAAGUUCCAUAAUUGCCAUGGCGCAAUUGGUAGAAGCAUGAAAAUUGCUAAUUAUGCGGAUGAGAGUUACGGUGUUUCGAAUACAGAACUUGCUAAUGGAACUACUAGACAGGUGAUUGAGAUUUCCAACCCAAAUGUUCCUCGUCAUUCUUAUGGUAAACUGGUGCAUUCAGCCAGUUUGGUCAAGCAUACAUUUGGGCAUUCAUGGGGUACUCCAGUCGUUGCUAAUUACACACCUCCAACAGGUGUCGAAUUCAACAGGGUUGUUUUGACAUUAAACACAUCUGUAGAAGGUGUGCAGUAUGACAGAUUGGCCAACAUUUUUGUUGACGGGAUUGAAAUUUGGAGAACCUCUACUGCCGAACCAGGUGGAAGAGCCGUUUUCUCUUCCUUUAAAAAGGAUGUUUCGUCCUAUUUAAAGCUCUUUACUAAAGAGUCAAAGGUUUUAUUCCAAUUAGACAAUAUUUUGUCUGGAAGACUUUCAGGCGAAUUCGAGGUUGAAUUGCUUAUUGAUUUCUAUAAUGUUGAAGAACAUCACCCUGAAGCAAAUGCUUUUUUGAAUGAAGAAGAUAAGAAAUUCAAUCAAUCCAUUUUUUCUGUCGCUAAGCCAGCAUCACAGAUCUAUUCACUCUCGAAUAGUAAAGACUCUGAAUCAUCGCCAAUUUCAUACUUGCCAUCUGAUAAGCUUAUUAUCAACUUACCAUCAGUUCCAGUGAACACUACUCGUUUGAGGUUAUCUAUUUUCACAUCUGGCAAUGCUGCUGAGGAAUUUUGGUACGCCAAUGUCUUGGACAAGUACGUUCGCAAAUUUGAAAAGAAUGGUAGAGCCUUGCAAGGACAUGGACCGGUUAGAAUUGUGAAUGUUUAUUUUAACGGUGAAAAGAUUGCCACUCAGUCCCCACAACCGAUUAUAUUCUCUGGUGGGAUAUCUCCAGCAUUAUGGUCGCCAGUUAUGCCAAUAAAUUCAUUUGAUUUGCCAAGCAUUGAUUUGGAUGUAUCAGGUUUAUUACCUUUACUUUGGGAGAACCAAUCUAUAGAAGAUAAGAAUAUAGAAAUCGAAAUUUCAAAUGGAUUAGAUGAAACUACUAAACCAAAUGUUCCCCGUUCUAAUAUUGGAGACAACUGGAUUACUUCUGCGAAUUUGUUGACUUAUGAAAGCAAGGAAGUUGCUGAUGUAUCUGGUGAGGUUACAAAGAUCGACCAUAGUCAUAGUGCAAGAGUCAUUGAUUUUGCACCACCCUUUACUGGCUCGAUUCAACAAACCAUAUCUGCAUCGUUUGAUGCUGAGUUAACAAGUAAUUUAAAUUUUGUCUUGAAGGAUGGUUCUGUUCUUAAUACUUCAGUCACUUCAAUCUCUGAAGCUAAAAUAUCCAAUGUUCAAAGCUACAGACAUUUUGGUGAUUCACAAAAAGUUGUUCAUCUUGGGUCAUCGGUUAAAUCAUUCACUAUACUGCAUUUGAAUUCUUCAGAUGAGAAAGUUGAUGAUGCCAAUAUCAUUCAUAGUUACAAAUCUCAGUUGAAUUAUCCGUUGACAGUUUCCCUUGAAGAAAGGGACCAAUCUAAAGAAAAAGGUGCUGACCUCGCAUAUGAUACUAGAAUUGCUAAUGUUAAGGAGGUCCUUGUUCAUGUAGAUGGAAAAAAUGUAAUGAGUACUACCACUGCUCAACAUGGUGAUUCUACAUAUAUCUUGUCACACGAAGGUAACCAUGGGUUUGGUAAUUUAAAAACCAAGUAUAAAUUAAAUGUUCUUUCACCAGCAGGAAGUUAUAAUUAUGAGAGAAAGGUUAAGGCAGUAAAUGGCACUAUAACUGGUGACAAAAGUAAGACUGGAAAUGAAGAGAAUAAUGAUGUACACUCCUAUCAACUAAGUCAUGAAAUUUCCCCUAGAAGAAUUCAUAAAGUAAUGAAGUUUAAAAAGGUAAGAACUGAAUAUGAUAAUGUGGUUGCAGUUUUAUCAGACAUAUAUAACUUCAAAUUCUCUGAUAUUGCAACCUCUAAACAAUUCCGUGAUACAUUGAACUCAAUGAACAUCCUUGGUCUUGAUUGCGAAUUCAUGAUCGUAAAUGAAAAUGGAGAUGUUAUUAAAGUUGGUAAAGGCCAGCACCACAAAGGUGAAAAUAAAUACCAUGGAGGUAAAUAUAAACAUCAUGGAGAUGAUCAAUUUGGACCUCAUG